CCGGGGUUGCCAACAGGAGAGUGCAUUCUCUAACCUGCCCCUUCUAAGGGUCCCCCUGCAACAACAGCUGGAAAUUUUCAGGGAGAAUGCAGCGCUGAGGUGUCCUCGAAACUGCCACAGUUAAAUAUGUUCAGGGCGUCUGGAAUCAUUUUGCCUUAAUAGGCCGAGUUUUGAAGCUGUGUGGGGGGUGCUCUGGAUACUGAGCACAAGGAUACUCACAGAAAUCAGUCUCUGUAUUACCGAUUUCCAGCACCCGUGGCAACAAAUUGUCCAUGCAGGGAAAUUGGAUGGCUGAGUGAGAACUGUCUGUUCAGAAGAGGUCGUGGCUGAGGAUUAAUAACAUGUCUAAAGAAAUGCAGGAACUACAGAAGCAGUGGCACUCCAUGAUGCAGACCAUCCACAGCAAUGCAAAUGUUGUUGCCUUUAUGAAUUCUCGAGUUGGCCAAUAUUUAGAUGACCAUCCAUUUGUUGCCUUAUCACUCCUGAUGUUUAUUGCAGUGUCAGCUAUUCCUGUUGGAUUUUUCCUGGUUUUUGUUGUUACAACAGCUGUAAUGGCCUGUAUUGGUGUGAUAGUCAUGGAAGGUGUUGUCAUAGCCAUAGGUGGCAUAGCCCUUCUGUGUGUGCUGUGUGGUCUGGGAGCCCUGUCCCUGGGAGUUUCUGGAGUGCUGAGUGUUUCCUACAUUGCACUUUCAACUCUGGUCAACUACUGGUGUGCAUCAAGGGGCCAGAUAAGGAAGCAAGAUGUUAAUGGAAGUUUACCACAGAAGCAGCCUGGCUUGGAUCUUUCUGGCAAUACUGGAAAGAGUGAAUAAGCAGAUUUCACCCCCUUUCAUAGGCACUUAGCUGUAUAAUUCCAGCCUUUAUUAUGUAAUUGUUUACUCAUUUAGCAUUCAGCCAUUGUGUACUCCUGGAAACUGAGAAAAAUCAGUGUACAUCUUACACUGGCACUGUAAAAGGGAGCUUAAGAAUAACCAAGAAGCAGCAGUGCAGUAGUAAGUGUAUGUGCAUGAUGGAAUGUUCCAUAGAGCUUGGUAAAGGCACAUAAUAGUAGCUGGUACUGUUAUGUCAAUGGCAAGUAGGUGGACAGAAAGGGGAGGGAGAUACUUGAUUUCUCAGAUACUGGAGUUCUGAAUGUACUCUCUUUAGUAUGUAGCAGUAGUCAUUUUGAUACAGGAGUAACAGUAGAAACAUUUUGAAUGUAGAAAAGUAUUUGUAAGCCUUAACAACCUUUGUUAAAAAUAGUAUGAGUACACCAGACCAAUGCUUUAUGUUCAUUAUACAGGGAAAAGUGGGUUUGUCAUAGGUCAUGGUCUAAGCUUUUAUCUCCCUUUAGCUGUUGUGUUAUUCCAAAGGGAUAUUUUCCUUAUUCUCAUUGCCUCAGGCUUAGGUCUUAGAUCUUAUAUUUAAAUUGCCUGGUUUGCUUCUCAGUUGUAACUCUGCAUGUUAUUUAAAAAUUUUUUUUUCAUUUUUGCAAAUGCUAUUAUAUUUUUAAGCAUUAAGUAUCUAACUAUAGUAGUUUAAUAAAGUGCUCUUUGUUUAACCA